GCUCUCGUUCGACUUGAGGUUAUCUCCCUUACAGUAAAUCUCUGUUUUUUUCGCACGUGCCGUGUUUACAUGUUCUAAUGUAGCUGCUAUGGGCAAGAAAAACUUUAAGAAGAAAGGAGGCAAAACUUUACAGGAAAGAAAACAAGAGCUAAAAGAGGCAUCAAGAGCUUUAGGUGCUAAGAAUGCUGCCAAGAAGAAAGCCAGUAGCUGUCCAGACUACACAAUAGAUCAGCUGCUUGACAAGACGCAACAGCUGAUAGAUGAAUUCCAAUAUGAAUUGGCUCAAAAGUUUUGCCAACGAGCACUGGAAAAAGAUCCUGACAAUGUAAGAGCUCUUGAAACAUCAGGAAUACUGUUGCUGGAAUUGGGCAAUGUAGAGGCUGCGAAACAGUGCUUUGGCCGAGCAGUAGAAGUUUGUCCAGAAUCUGGAUUCUCCAAGUACAUGUAUUUAGGUCAAAUCUUUCAAGGGGCACAGGCAGUUGAUUGUUUUCAAAAAGGAAUAGAGUUAAUGUUAAAGGAGAAAGGAGAAAAGGAAACUCAAGAAGUGGCUGCAGCAUGCAGAGGAUCUAACGAAGGACCUUCUGACAGAGAUAUAUCAAAUGCAUAUUGCUCUGUGGCAGAACUUUAUCUCACAGAUCUAUGUUGUGAAGAGGGUGCUGAAGAGAGAUGUGAGGAAAAUGUUGAAAAAGCUGUAUCGUUAGACCCCAACAACCCUGAAGCUUUACAGUUGAAAGCCAGUUUUCUUUUGUCAAAAGAGAAAUUAGACGAAGCCAAGGAAAUAAUUAAACAUAGUGUUUCACUGUGGUUGCCACAGUUACAAGCUGAAGACAAAUGUGAGGGCGAUGAUGAGGAAUUUGAUCCUGUUGAGUCUUGUCCUCUAAGCUAUAACACAAGGAUGCAGUCUGCCAAAAUUUUGAUAGAAGUAGGAGAGUAUGAGUUAGCAACAGAGAUACUUGAACUACUGCUUGAUGAAGAUGAGGAUGUGCCGGAUGUUUGGUACAUGCUUGGCUGGGCCAACUAUCUGCAAGGGCCAGACUUUGUUGUCAAUGCCAGGCAUUACUUGACCAAGGCUAAGAAGGUUUACACGAAAGGAGAGCAUGAAGAUGAGGAAUUGCUGCAACACGUCACUGAAUUGUUACAGGAGCUAGGACCAGGUGAUGGUGAGGAAGAAUCGGAGCCUGAGGGAAAUGGUGAGGAGUUAGAGAUUGAGAGCUUCAGAUGAGGAAGCCAUGGAUCAGUGAACAGCAGUGGCUUGAGCUCACAAAAUUUUCACUUGUCUCUGUUAGAAUUUGCAGGAACAAAACAGACUAUUGCCACUUCAAUAGACUGCAAGCUCAUAAUAAAUUGAAAAAAAUUAAA